GUAGCUGCAGUGCAGCUGGGGUUGUGGGUUGGAAGGUGGUUUUCUGGGUGUUGUGCCAAGCGAGGCCCUGUGCCCUACUCCCGGGCACCCUGGGCCUGCAGCUCUCUGCUCUUGGCCUCUCCCGGGGUGGGCCGGGCGCCCACGCACUAUGACUCUGCCCUGGUUGCUGCCGCUGCUCCUGGUCUCGGGUUCUCCCGCCCUCCGGCUUCAGCCCGGUGUGUCUGCUGUCCCUUUCCCCACCCUGGCUCCUCCUCUGACCAUGCUGGUGAAUGGACAAUGGCAGACGCUAGUAGUAUGCCUGGUCUCAGACGUCUCGCCGGAUGCCGUUCUGCCCAUCUGGUUCUCGACGGCCAACGGCAGCGCCCUGGACUCCUUCUCCUACGGCUCCAUCCAGGCCCCCGAUGGCACCUGGAGCGCCCUGGCUCGGCUCUCGUUGCCCACCAAGGAUCUCGCCACCUGGGAGGCACUCAUGUGCCACGCCACGCCCACCCGCGGUACCCAGAGCUGGAGCACCCAGCCCCUAAGGCUGCCAGCUCAGCCCAGGGGACAAGCGUGCUCAAAGGAGGACCACAGCGGGCCUCAGAGCCGCUCCCGGGCUCUGUUCCUGGGGACCAUCCGACUCCUUUUCUUCAAGCUGCUCCUGUUUGAUGUGCUCAUGACCUGCGUUCACCUGUGGGCUGGGGGGUCUGUGGACACCUCUGGGACCGAACCAUCCAGGCUGAGCCUUGUCUGAGCCCCGGUGCGGACCAGCCGGGGAAGGUCCUUGGGGUGAAGACUCUGUCGUGGCGAGUACAGACCAAGAAAGAGGGCUCUCUGAUGUGCCGGAGGGGGGCCAGGGAGAGGCAGGCCGGAUCCUGGACCGGGUGGGAGAUGGAUUGGGAGCGGGGAGACUUUGAAGGGGAUCACAUAGGAUCAAAACUCCCCCUUCCCUUUGUGGGCACAGCUUGGUGCUCUCUCCAUCCCUCCAGGCUCCGUCCUUGCCCUCCAACCAGCCCAGGGCCGCCUCUUCUAGGUUCAAGCGAGGGCGGGAUUGGGAUCCUUGCCACUUCUCGGUGUGUGUGUUUAUUUCAGCUAAUUAACCUGGAUUGUAGUUUCUGAUUUGUGCCCUUCUCUGGAUUCUACGCUCCCCUCUGAGCCAGAACUCCUCGGCCACUCAAUAAACACGAAUUCCAACCCAAAUAA